UGAGUGAGUGUCUGAGUGAGUGUCUGAGUGAGUGUCUGAGUGAGUGUCUGAGUGAGUGAGACAGCUGGCUCUCCCUGUGUGUGAAGGUGGUGGAGUAUGAUAAUGGUUCUGGCUCCGUGCUCCGGGUCCAGCCCGUGAAGAGUCGUGAGGAGGGAGUCUACGAGUGUCUGAGUGAGUGUCUGAGUGAGUGACUGAGUGUCUGAGUGAGUGUCUGAGUGAGUGUCUGAGUGAGUGAGUGAGUGUCUGAGUGAGUGUCUGAGUGAGUGAGACAGCUUGCUCUCCCUGUGUGUGAAGGUGGUGGAGUAUGAUAAUGGUUCUGGCUCCGUGCUCCGGGUCCAGCCCGUGAAGAGUCGUGAGGAGGGAGUCUACGAGUGUCUGGCUCAGAGUGCCUCCGGCGAGGUCAGCGCUUCUGCCAAGCUCACCGUGCUGGGCGAGGAGCAGCUCCCCCCAGGUUUCCCCGAGAUUUUGUCUUCACCCCAGCAACGAGUGGUGGAGCGAGGCCGGGCGGCCACCAUGGUGUGUGAGGCUCACGGGAACCCGGACCCCAUCCUCCGCUGGUUCAGAGACUUCGCUCCCGUGGACGUGGCCGCCUCCAACGGCAGGAUUCGCCAGCUGGCCACUGGAGCUCUGCAGAUCGACAGCGCUACGGAGUAUGACCAAGGGAAAUACGAAUGCACCGCCUCCAACUCCGCAGGAAGCAGAACCUCAAACCCAGCCAACCUCUACGUCAGAGAUAACCGCACUGUGAGACGAAUGCCACCGUGGUUCUCCAUCCCCCCGACAAGCCAGGAGGUGAUGCCGGGCGGAGCGGUGAAUCUAACUUGUGUGGCUGUUGGUGCUCCUAUGCCCACCGUGCGCUGGACACGGGGAUCUGGUGCUGAGGAACUGCCGGCUUCGAUGUCCGGUGGUGGCGGUGGUGGUGGUGGUGGUGGUGGUGGCGGUGGUGGUGGCGGUGGUGGUGGCGGUGGUGGCGGUGGUGAAGGCGGUGAUGGUGGGUCAUUCGCUGCUCCCACCGGGCGAAACGUCUUGACGCUGGUGGAUGUGACGAGGUCGGAGAACUUCACGUGCGUGGCCCAGAGCGUGAUGGGGGUGGCCGAGGUGACGGUGCAGGUGACGGUGAAGGCCCUCCCCAAGCCCCCAUCGACCCCCCAGGUGACCGAGACGACUGCCACCAGCGUCACCAUCACGUGGGACCCUGGCAAUGCAGACCACGUGCUCUAUUACGUCAUCCAGUAUCGAGCCAAAAACGGAGAUUCCGGUGGACAGGGUCUCAACACUGCGCUGGGUGGUGGAGGGAGCCACAACAACAACAACCACCACAACAACAACAACAACAACCACAACUCCUACACAGAGGUUAACAGCGUCGCCACGACGAGAUACAGUGUGGGAGGGCUGAGCCCCUUCUCUGACUACGAGCUCCGGGUACUUGCCGUCAACUCGGUGGGGCGCGGUGGGCCGAGCGAGGCGGUGGAGGCCCGGACCGGGGAGCAACCCCCCUCCACGUCGCCACGGCAACUACAGGCACGGAUGCUGAGCUCCAGCACAGUGCUAGUCCAGUGGGAGGAGCCCUUGGAGCCCAAUGGAGUGGUGCGUGGAUACCGAGUCUACUACACUACAGAUGCCUCUCAGCCACUGCACGCCUGGCCCAAGCACAGUGUUGACAGCAGCUUGCUCACCACCAUCGGCAGCCUCACUCCUCAGGCCACCUACACGCUCAGGGCCCUGGCCUACACGGGCGUGGGAGAUGGGCCUCUCUCGCCGCCCAUACAGAUCAAGGCCCAGCAGGGCGUUCCCAGCCAGCCCUCGGCCCUGUCUGCCGUGGCCAUCUCUCACUCGGAGAUUUCACUUUCCUGGACAGCCCCACGGCAGGAGGUGGUCACUCGCUACGAGCUGAGAUACGGACCCACACGCACGGGGGAGCAGCUGGUGGUGAGUUUCCCUCCAGCCACGUCCUACUCACUGCGGGGUCUCAGCGCGGACACGGAGUACUCUCUGACGCUGGCCGCUCGCUCCGACCUGGGUGUGGGCGCCUCAACAGCGCCGCUGGUGGUGUCAACCCUCCCGUCCGCCCCAUCAGCUCCCCCCGUGUCUCUCACACUGAGUGCCCUCAGCUCUCGCAGCCUGGAGGCUCGUUGGGGGCCUCCACCGGCCGAGUUCUGCAACGGGGAAAUCGUCGCCUAUACCGUCAGAUACCGGCCACUCGGCCACCACCACCACCACAACAACCACAACAACAACAACCACAACCACAACAACAACAACCACAACAACAACCACGACAGCAAGGAGGCUCAUAAGGCCACCGCCGGCGAUGAUGAUGAUGACGAUGAUGGUGGCGAUGAUGGUGACGGAGAUGAAGACCACGAUGAUGAUGAUGAUGACGGUGGCGAUGAUGGCGAUGCCGUGAAUAGAG